AUGAGUGAUCUAGACCCUUCGGUAUAUAGAGACCAGGAGAUUAUUCUUGGCCUUAUUGCUAGCCUCCACCUCAACUCGGACUAUAGCGAUUUGACUAUCAUUUGCAAGGAUGCGGUCUUCUCGGCUCAUAAGCUCCUCGUCUGCUCUAGAUCAGAGUAUUUUCGUCGGGCUUGUUCUAGCGGGUUCAAGGAAACCUACAACCCGAUUGAUCUGGACGAACAAGACCCGAUCCUAAUCGAGAAGAUGCUGGAAUUCCUAUACACGGGAAACUACACCUUCCGAUCCCGCACGCCUAAAUCCCCAGAGACUGUUGACGAUGAAGCUCACGCAGACGAGCCAAUGAUAGAGUCUCCCCUGCCAACGGAACUGGCCAUGGAUGAAUCAGCUCCAAAUGACGAAACCCUAUCCGAGCAACGGGACACCGUAGAGCUUGUGGCCGAUACAUUGGCUGAGUGUCAUCCAUGUUACUUCCAUGUGCGCAUGUAUGGCGUGGCGGAUUACUUCAUGAUCGGCGAUCUGAAAAGCAAAGCGGAGGGACACUUUCGUGCAUCAUUCAUGGAUUGUCUCGAAAGAGACUCCUUUGCAGAAAUGAUCCAAGAACUUUAUUCGACACAAGCCAACUACCAGAAGCUGAGGCAAUUGGCGAUUCAAAUGAUAGUUGCCAACCUACCGCGUCUUCGAACAGGGCGCACUCCUGUGAUUGAUGCCGAACUCAUGAAGUCGGUGCCCGAUUUUACAUACGAUUUAUGUCAAGCGACUCUAGACAAUUAUGUGCCACACAUUAGGGAAGAAUACUACUACUAG